ACGGUCACACUAAUAAACUGGUUCACCCGGAACUACACAUCUGAGUCAUUUUUAGGGGCGACAAAGGAAAAAUUAUAAACAAAUACAAUGGCCACCUUAAAGGGUAAUUAUGCAAGGUCCUGGCGAGGAGCAACUAAUGACUAACCUUCCCCCUUUCCCCGGAAACCACCUGGCGGCCGCUACACCUGUCUGGAAAUCACCGCGCAGCCCUCAUCAUCUGCGCAUUUCUAACAUGCAUGGGUCUGACCUUCCUGAUCCUGGCCUGCGCCGUGCCGACGCCCAAGAUAUUCUAUCCCUUCUUCGUCCUGCUGUUCUACGCACUGUCCGUUCUGCCGGUGUUCAUCGCCAAGAGGACGACCCCGGGCACUGAGACCAACCCGAAGUCGGAGUUCGCCCUCUUCCUCACCGCGGGCAUGGUGCUGAGCGCCUUCGCCCUGCCCAUCGUCCUCGCCCACGCGUCGGUGAUCACCUGGACAGCGGGCAUCCUGACGAUAAUAAGCAACAUUAUCAACUACGGCACCAUCUUCGGGUACGCCAUGCGGGAUGAUGAGCCCUACGGCUCCAUGUUCUAAGGGAGAUCCAUAGUGUAGAGGCACCUAACCUCCAGUAACCGCCGCAGAAGUAUCUCUCCCGAGGUUAUUGGCCUUAUCCGUAAGCACGCAUGCUGUUCGCUUCUCCGCAGUCAUCAGCCAAUCUCAUUUAAUCAAGUGUAUUCAGAUAACAUAAACGAAAAAGAAAUAAACAGACGUAGUAAAUUUA